GCUCAAGUCUUGUGCCACCUGCUCCCGACCCAGGGGGCGGCCGGCAGCAGACGCCAAAAGGGCAAGCGCUUUUCAGCUUCUUUUUUUUUGCUUCCGGUGCCAUGGCAUCGCUCGUGGCCUUUUUCCUUGUCGCGAGCGCCAUGUCGGCGGAAGGGUCGAUAGGCCCAGGCGGGUCGCCGGAAUGCCCGUGUGUGGAGCCCAACAAGACGGAGUACGGGUUCGGGUGCCAGGCGCACGACCUGAACAGCACCGAGUUCGACCCGGCUUGUAUAGCGGUUGCUCCGCCCGAUUGGUGCAGCUCGAAGUGGUGCUAUGUGACAGGAGCUGUCAAGUCACUUCGGAACCGAGCACCACGUACCCGGAGCUGGCUUGGUCGUACGCCACCUGCGGCUACCGGGACAUGUUUUCGAAGUACAACAUCACGGAGAGCGCGCAGGGGCAGCCCAUGCGGGUGAUGUUCCUGAGCAACACCGGCGGCUGGAAGGGGAAUUAUUGCACCAACAUGCAGGGCAAGGUGUGUCAAAACCAGCGGGGCGACGGGCCCAUGCAGACCUUCUUCGAUGGGAUGGUGGGCCAAGCCGGCUUCAGGGUGGAGCAGGUGACCAGCUUCCCUGAUGCUCCCAAAGAGCAGAUGGCCAGAGUAAGCUCCAGCACUUCCGACUUCGACCUUUGUACCUGGGCGACGGGCAUGGGAUUUGUGGACGCCUGCAUCGCGAGUUUUGUGAUCUUGCCGCGGCGUGCCGACGCCUCGCCCUUUGUGUCGCUGUGGGCGAGUCCCACCAUCCUGGUGGGGCCCGUGAUCACGCACUCGCCGGAGCUCUCCCUGGUGGACAUGCUCAGCGCGGCCUUCCGGCCCUUCAGCGCGGACCUGUGGGUGACCAUGCUGAGUGUGGUCAUCCUGAGCUCUCUUUUGGUCACUUACUUCGAGACGACAGGCCCAUCGGGUCAGUUCAGCAACUUGACUGGAAAGCGGCGGCGCGUGGGCGAGGCCAUCUACCACGCCUUUUACAGCCUCUUCAUGUGUGAGUCGCGCUUCGAGCCCGUCACCGUGCCUGGCCGCAUCGUGGGCUUGGGCCUUGCCUUUUUGUUGGUGCUGAUCGUGUGCGGCUACACGGCCACCUUGGCGUCCUUCUUGGUGGUGGAGAAGCGCAACGCGCCGGAGAUCUCCAGCCUGGAAGAUGCGAUCAGGAUGGACUACAAGAUCUGCGCCCACUUCAGCCAUGUGGAGCCGUUGCGCGCCAACGGUGUGGCCGAGAGCAACAUUGUGACCAUGUCCAGCCGCGCGGACGUUCUGCCGAGCGUGGGCGCAAGUUGCCAGGCCAGCGUGCUGUCUCUGGAGGAUUUCGAAGCUGCCCAGGCGGUGAACCAAGGAAGCGCCUGCAACUUGCAGCAGAUCGGCAACCCCAUCGAUUCCAUCAUGGUGGGCGUUCCCGUGUCGCAGAAAUGGGUGCGCCAGUUUCGCUACGCCGCCAUCUCGCUGGCAAUGGAUGGAUACACCAAGCGAAUUUUCAAGCGCUUCCAGCCUCAGGACUACUGCAAGCAGAUUAUUUUCGAGGCUGAGGCCAACAGGAUGCCAGAUGCCUUGACCACCCAGGGCAUGCUGGGCCCGUUUUUGGUCACCGGCUUCUUCAUCGCGCUGGGGGUUUUGUGCCACGGUUUCCAAGUGACAUUUGCCACCGCUGAGCACCUCAUCGAGGAGGGAGACAAAGGCGAUCACAAGUCUACGGUGCGGCAAGUGGCAGAGACCGUUAUCAAGAUGUCCAGUUUGCCUCACAAGGAGAGUCAUGGUCAUCAUAAUCAUCAUGGUCAUCAUCAUGGGCAUCAUCAUGGGCAUCAUGAGCAUCAUGGGCAUCACAACAAUCCCAGAAGAUGCUCCGUCUUGAGCUCCUCGAGCGGGGAGCUGUCCCUGGUCGGCGCGCCGAUCUCGGCGGAGCUGGUGCAGCUCAUGGUGACGCAGGAGGCGCAGCUCAGGGCCACGCAGCUGGCGAUGCAGAAGCUCAAGUCAAUCGAAGAGCGGAUGGGAAUAGACGCUUCAGAUAUUUCCGUCUGAGUCUGAGAGCAAGCCAUGUGCUGACGUGUGGUUGAGAUCCACAUGUUCAUAGAGUAGAAAUAGUCUUCGUUACGCAAAGCUCGUGUCUAUGAGAGUAUGCUUGUUGCAAAUGGGCACGAGCUUUGAAAGGCCGUUCGAAUCCGCAAUGGCCUGUAGGUUUUGCCAAUUUCAUUUUCCGGAUUGCCUGAGCAGACGGUCGACCAAGUCGUAUAUAUGUCCUGUCUCAGAACCAAUCCAUAUGAAAUGAUUUCCAAGUUCGAACAGAUGAAUUAUCCGUACGUAGAUGGCGGCAACCUGAAAAGAACGAGCGACGAGAAUAGAAUGC